UGAACGAAUUUUUUUUCUACUGUUGUCUUUAGGAAUCGGUACAAUCUUUAGAAUUAAUCCUCCUAUUCAUUCUGUUCCUUGGUAAAAAAAGGAACCCGAUUGGGGAACAUACUGUACCCAACCGUCCCACACUACAUCAAACGCGGUGGACAGGUCAGGCUGCCUGUGAUGAAGUCUCAUGAAGUCCUUCAUUGGAGCUGACAUUCAGUCAGCAGGAGAGUCCAGCGCAGACAGACGAGGGUAGAGGAGCGGUCCCCACUGCGAACAGACGUACCCUCCUCCCCUCUCUGCCGAAGUUCCACCACAAGGUCCCCACCCCUCAGCAGCUAUGGCCAGUCGAAGGAAGUCAACCAUUCCUUGCAUGAUUCGUAUUAAUGAGGUGACAGACCAGGAUGACUUGGAGGACAUGGAGGUCUCCUCUGACAGCAAAGCAGAGGAUGGGUCUGCACAGACAACAUCAAGCGAAGAGUGGGCGUCAGGGAGGGAGACGGUUGAAAGGGAGAGUCGAGAGGCAGGCUCUCGGCUCCAGCGAAAGCAGCAAGGAGGCUAUGAAUGCAAGUACUGUCCCUUCUCCACCCAGAACCUGAACGACUUCAAAGAGCAUGUGGACUCCAAUCACCCUAAUGUCAUACUCAACCCUCUUUAUCUGUGCGCCGUGUGCAACUUCAACACAAAAAAGUUUGACACUUUGACUGAACACAACGAGAAGUGUCAUCCCGGGGAGACCAACUUCAAGUUCAAGCGGAUCAAACUCAACAACCAGACCAUCCUAGAGCAGACAAUCGAAGGUGUGAACAGUGCAGUCACCCACGAUACCACAAUUGCUCAGUGUGGGGAGGGCUUUGCCACUUUCCCCCUCAGCAAACCAACUACCGUCAAGAUCGGUAAGCCAAAAAUGGACAACAAACAGAUAUUCCACAAAGGGGAAAAGCUGGAGAACCAUCUGGACAGCUUUGCCCCAAAAGACCAAAUCACUGCCGUAAACGUGAACGGGACGGUUAUCAUCCCUGAAGCAACUAUAAAAGAAGGGCUCUCCCAUGUAAUGCCGUUACUGCAGCGGCCACCCAAUUUUAACCUGGUACCAAAAAUCGCUGUCCCCUUGAACACCACCAAAUAUAACCCCUUGCUGGAUAGUAAUAUGACCCUGAUUACGUCCUUCAACAAAUUCCCCUACCCGACCCACGCUGAGCUCUCCUGGCUGACUGCAGCCUCCAAGCACCCCGAGGAGCAGAUAAAGGUCUGGUUUACCACCCAACGGUUAAAGCAAGGCAUCACCUGGUCCCCAGAAGAAGUGGAGGAGGCCCGAAAGAAAAUGUUUAACGGAACCAUCCCGCCUGUGCAUCAGACUUUCACUGUGCUGCCUGCCCCGUUGACCGAGCCAGCCAAAGUCACCCAGCCCCUUAUACAGACUGUCCCCUGCCAGCUUCUCGGGCAGUCUAGCUUAGUGUUGACAACUGUUGCCAAUGGGUCGACCGUGACCUGCCCUCCUGUUUCACUGUCGGUAUCAAACCAAGCACAGACUUUCAAGCGACCCUUGGCAGCCCCAUCCUUGACGCCUGAGGGGAAGAGGCCCAUGGCAGCUCCAGCUGUGCCGCCGGAGGUGAAGCGGCCCAUGGCGGCCCCGGCAGCAACCCCAGUGGUGGUCCCUGCAGGGAAACGACCUAUUGCGGCCCCGAUGGUGGCCCCAGAAGGGAAGCGGGGAGCCUCAGCGAUGGUCCCGAUGAUAGCCCCGGAAAUGAAGCGGCCCAUGGCGGCCCCCAUGGUGGCCCCAGAUAUUAAGCGGCCACUUGUAGCCCCGGUGGUGGCCCCUGAGGUGAAACGGCCUAUGGCACCUCCAGCAGCCCCGGUGGGUGCUCUUGAGAUGAAGCGGCCCAUGGCAGCCCCAGUCAUUGUCUCUGAAGGUAGGGUUCCCUCGGUAGCUCCUUUAGCGGGUCCUGAACAGAAACAGACUAUAGCAGCCCCUGUGGUGCCCUCCGAAGUGAAGCGGCCAACUAUAAUCAAAUCCAUUCAACCACCCCUCAAGGCAGCCUCCCCUAUCUCCAGCUUUCCCUUGGACUGCAAGAAAACGAGAGAUUCCAUCACAGAGCUGCAGGCCAGCUACUUCAAGAGCCAGUUUCCUGAAGAUAAGGAGGUGCACCGGCUGAUUGAGGCCAGUGGGUUCUCCCAGGGUAACAUCAAAAAUUCAUUUAGCGACAAGCAUUAUCGUAAUCACAAGGGCAUACUGCACUUGGGCAGCACAUUUCUGCCAAAAGACACGCUGAAAAAAUCUAUUCCCACCCAGUUUCCUCUUCUGGAAAGAGUGAAAGGGAAGACCUCUGAGCAGCUGAAGAUUCUGGAGGAGAGCUUCCAGAGGAGCAGCUUCCCGACGCUGGGUGAAAUCGAUUGCCUGGUGACCGAAACCAGACUUUCCAAGAACGAAAUAAAUAGCUGGUUUUCUGAGCGUCGCGCGCUGCGUGACAACUUGGAACAAGCCCUUCUGAACUCCAUGGGUUCGAAGAAGGCACACGUGGAGGAGAGGCAGCGACAGGGCAUGCUGAACGGCAUGCGCGACCUGGAGGCCCAAUCCAGGAGGUCUCCCAUCCCUAUCGUUGCCCCUUCUGCUGGCCCCAUUCCGAUAGACAGCAAGUCUCUGGGGCAACUCAAAGAUGUUUUUGCACAAACUCGGUGGCCUUCGCCUGAGGAAUACAAUCACCUGGAGCUCCAGACUGGUCUGGCUCGCACUGACAUCGUCCGCUGGUUCAAGGACAGCCGUUUGGCCCUGAAGAGCGGAACCUUAGAGUGGAUGGAGCUGUUCCAGAAAUUAAGCGACAAAGGGCAGAAUGGAUUGGGCUUGCCAGCCAGCUCCAAGCACGCCCCGAAUGUCCCAAAACAGCGCUACCAGGACGGGAAGAUGCCGGAGGAUGUCAAGAGGCUGUCAGAGGGCCCCACGCGGGGCAGCCAGGAAAUCAAUGACUGGUUUUCCAACAAGCUGGGGCAGAACACGUCAGAUGCUGGCAAGAACGGUGGCCAAGACGGACAAGCCAGAGAGAAUCAUGGGAGCUGGGUGAAGAUGACUGCUGGGGUGGACGGAGAUUUAGGGGAACAGGAGCUGGUCUCAGACUCUGAUAAUGUGGCGGAAGACAUCCCUGGCAGGGUGACAGGAUAAAUGUGUGACAGGUUGGAAUGGUGGCCCCUGCCCAUUGCACAGAAGAGGUGGAAGGAAGAGGAAAGAAGCUCUAUUUUUCGUAUUUCGGAACCAAUGAUUUCACACCUGCACUGUCCCAGCUAAUGCACAGCGUUCUCACGGCGUGGGUGUAACAUUGCAAAGUCUGAGAAAAUGUUACAGAGACACUGUGAGAGCGUUUUGGCUGAGCUGAAAUGUAGUCAGAGGCACAAAUGAGUGGACUCCACUGACCAGGAGGUUGCUGUUGAGUGCCAAAGCUGGACUGCUGCAUUAUUACACUUUUAAAAAAAGGGUCCUUGUAAAUAUUUUUCUGUAUUGCAACAGAUUUGUACAAUUUUGGGGGAAUUUUGUUACAUUUGUAAUAGGAGUGACUUGUCCCUUUACGUUCCAGCUGGUCCUUACAGUGGUAUGUCCUGCAUUUUGUAACAAGACACCAUGAACCACUACAUCUGUUGGCAAUACUCUACUCGGUUUUACAGAGCCCAACUUCAUUCAGUUUCUUUUCUGGCAGAUGGACAUUCUACAAAAUCCAAUCCGCGCAUCGCCUGUACGUGGGCGGGGUUUUGUGUCUGAGACUUUUUUUUAAUGCUUUUGCGAAGAACGCCUUGUCCUUGAGAUCAAGUGACAUUGUGGAUCUUUCAAAGGCAGCCAGUCGUCGCCACGGGAACACAGGACUCCCAGCUGCAUGGAGCAUUCUGCUGGGAAACCUGAGUGUGGGAAAUAAUCUCCCUGAAAUCAAUCCAGACACAUGCUGCACAGGCCGCUCCUUUUCUUCUCUUGUAGUCGUCAUUUUUAUUUCUCAGAUUGACACAUCAGUACAUUUAUACACGUCAGCUUUCUAGGAAUACUCUACUGCAUGUAGUACUAGUUCCAUUUCAACUGCAGAUACAAGACCUGGUAACAGUUACAAGCUCUUUAUGUUACGCUUCCGCUAUAGUCAUGUUAGGACAUAUACCAAGAAUACUGUACUUCAACCAAGAUCCUGCUUUUUUAAAAACCAGUUGCUGUCUGCUGUAAUCCAAUAAAAACACAGCCUAUUUAAAGUUUCCAGAGGAUCCUGGAGAAGCAUUCAGUCACUGCACUCUCUAUUGCUUUCUUGUCCCCUACAGCAGUUGACCAUUUUGCUUGAUGGCACAGAGAUCAUAUGGGAGGCCAGAGUGAAGGAGCUGAGGGAGCAGUGAGACAGUAAAACACCCUGAUGUAUCGCAGUGGUCGGAAAGCAGGCAUUUGAUACGCACAUCAUAAAAACGUAACUCAAUACAAUAUAUAACAGGGGUAUGAAAGGUGAUAUUAUCAUGAGUCACUUCCAACUUGGAAGUGAUUGGAGGGGCCAAGAGAGCAGUUUAGAAUGCAUGCCCUGCCCUGUGAUGUCAGUGCUUUCUGUCUGAUCAUAAGACUUCAUCUUACUUGAGUUUUUUUUCUUCAUUUUGAAGCAGAUAUUAUUCGGUUCAUUAUUUGUGCUCCAUUUAAAGUUGCCUGCAGUGCAAUCCAUUUUUAAACAUUCUCAGCUGAAAUAUGAAUAUGAAUGUGUGGGACUUCUCACAUCUGCCAGGUUUUGUCUGCGCGAUGACAGUUGUGAACGUGUGUCUGUUGACAACUAUGACCCUGGAAAGGGUGUCAGCCCCACCUGAGCAAUUCUUACGCGUCAGUAUUCUAUUUGGAACUGGGAGAGAUGUUCAGUGUACAGAACACGGUAAUAUUUGUGUUGGUGCUGAACGGCACCUGCAUUUUGUCCUGUAGAUUGAAGAGUAGAUUAUAUUGAGGCCUUUCUUUAGACCCCAACCCCAUACACACACACACAUUUCUAUUACUUGAAAAGUAACAGUCUUCCUGCUCAAAUCAGAUUUAUAUUUUCCUUGAAUUUUUAAGGAUAAAUGUAAGCUUUUCAAGGAUUAUUUCAAUUGCUGCAAUAGUCGAGUUCUUGUGAAAUUGGGCCACUUUGGGCCAAAAUAUGUUUAACCGGGGGGGGGGCUACUUAGAGAUGCAUUGCUUUCCAAAAUUUCCACCCUGUAUUUACUAGCCUUUACAAUAACAUGCAUUCACUAUUUCAUUAGAAGAAACAGAUAAUCCAAGUUAUCCAAGUUAUCUAUUGCCAAGAUUCACACUACUAGUGAACAGCAGAACAAACCUUAUUAGCAAUGCAAUUGCCACAUUUGAAGGAAGUAUUUGACCUGUUCAUGUAUUUCCAGGAUGAUAACAUUUACAAGGACACUCAAAGGCUGAAGGGCCACGGGAACCUUGCUGGAAUUAAACUUGAUACACUAACACAAGUGACAAACCAGUGGCUCAACUAAGUAACACUUUAUAGAUUAACUGAUAAAUCUACUGUCCUGGUGGAAAUGCGUUCAAAAGUAUAAGCUGCACCACCUAUUUUUAAGAAUGUGUUUUAAUUCCAAAAAUGGUCAACUGGUGUUGACUAUGUUUAAAACAAGCGAUUAAACUGUACGAGACGGUAUCAUACAGCACAAAGAUCAACUGUGCCAUGUACAUUUGGUGUGAUUGCAUGCUGAUGCCUAUGUCUGUUCCAGGACACAUGCGAAAGGUCAGCCAAAAACGUUUUUGCUCAUCAAAACCAGCCAAAGACAGAUGUGCCAUCAAACACACAAAUUAUUUCUAAAAGGUUUUGACAUAAUUCACACCUGUUUCAGAGUGAAACAGUGUUCAUCACUAAUAUACAUAUCAUACACCACCUGUUUCAAUUGUUGUGAAACUGGAUGGAAUAGUUCUCUACACAGAUACAUAGAAACAUUCUUUAUUCAACACAGCAUUAGCUUGAUGUAUGGGACUAUUACAAGGGAGAUACAAAAAUCACAUCUGACCAUAAUUAGACGAAUAAGACUAAAGAGCUCAGAUUCUGCUUUAUGCAUCAGCACAGCAAAAUAAAUGCCAAAAUCUCAUUUAAAAGAAUCAUAGUGAAAUAUCCAAGGAUUUUUAUAUUGGUGACAAAAAAUUACCAGAAAUUCAUCAAACUCUUUAAAAUAGGGUAAAUGAAGUAAAUUGAAUCUGUAUGUAUGGGUGUCACUGUUAAAUUAUUUUUCACCU